ACUCUUUCCUGUCACCUGACGUGCCUCCGCGUCGUAGCAGUCACGCCGUCGCGUGCGUUUACGUAAAGCUCGCGCUCCGGUUUCCCUGGCGGAGAAGAUGGCGGCUCCUGGACCGGGGGAGUAUUUCAGUGUCGGGAGCCAUGUCUCUUGCCUCACUUGUUUAGGCCAACGUUUGCAGGGAGAGGUGGUGGCUUUCGAUUACCCGUCCAAGAUGUUGACUCUGAAAUGUCCUUCCUCCAGCGGUAAGCCCAACCUCAGCGACGUCAUCUUGAUUAACUUAGCCUAUGUUUCAGAGGUGGAUAUAAUUAAUGACCGCACUGAGACGCCUCCUCCUCUAGCAUCCUUGAAUGUUAGCAAGCUUGCCAAUCGAGCAAGGACGGAAAAGGAAGACAAGUUGUCCCAAGCCUAUGCAAUCAGUGCUGGGGUUUCAGUUGAGGGCCAGCAAUUAUUCCAGACUAUACACAAAACCAAAGAACAAAAAAGAAAUUCGCUCAUCAAAGACUGUAAAUGGCAGGAGAAGAACAUCAUUGUGAUGGAUGACGUCGUAAUCUCACCACCAUACCAGGUGGAGAACUGCAAAGGCAAAGAGGGAAGUGCUCUAAGUCAUAUACGCAAAAUUGUUGAGAAACAUUUUAGAGAUGUGGAAAGCCAGAAGUCGAUGCAACGUACACAAGCACAGCAAACACAGAAGGACUCGUCUUUAUCCUCCUGAGUGGGGGGUAUGGCUCAUCUGGGGAGGGCACCACGGGCAUCAAGGGCCUAACAGCUGGUCGAAACCAGCGCUCAUCUCCCCCUCUGCGUCGUAGUCCGAGGGUGGAUGCACCAAGGGCCUAGGGUCUGGAAGAUCAACAAAAGAAACAAAAAAAAAAAAAAAAAAAGCGAAAAUGUUUUAAGAAACAUGAGAGUGAAAAGAGUUCAUUCUAAAUUAGACUUUAUAAAGAUAAUUUAAAACACCAACCAUCAAACAAACCAUAGUUUCUUUGACUAACAGUGUCUUAUCCCCUCUCUGCCCCUUCUUCCUCCUCCUGUGUUUCAUCUAAAGAUAGCUUUUCAUAUUUUCUUCUCUCUUACAUCCCUCCUUCGCCUUCUAUUCCAUUUUGUCAAAAAAAAAGAAAAAAACAAACCAGUCAGAAAAGCUUGUUAGCUUUAUUUACUUUGAUGCUUUUUUUUUUUUUUUUUUCUUUCUUUGGCUGUUUGUUCUACAAGUGUCUGUCUGUUCUGUAUUUUAAACAAAAUGUGACUUCAGAUGCCACACGUUACAAAGGACAUUUUCUAAAAUAAAAGUAACAAAAAUUCUGACUGUAA